CCCUUUUUCUCCAAAUUCUUCACUUUCCUCUUCCUUAUCCCUUCAUCUCCGAUCUCCCUUCUCUUUCCUUCUUUUUGCCAUGGCUUCUUCUUCAUCAAAUAACCCACUACCCAUGAGUGGGCUGGCUCACAUGUUGUCUAUCAAGCUAACAGCCUCCAAUUAUUUGUAUUGGAGAACCCAGUUGCUUCCCCUCUUAUCCAUCGCACAGGUGACAUCACAUGUUGAUGGUACCAAAGUCGCACCACCACUGACCGUCACCCAGAAUGAUAAACCAAUCGAGAACCCUGAAUAUGCUUCUUGGUUGGUGGCUGAGCAACGAACCAUUGUUUUACUCAAUGCCUCCCUCACAGAAGAGGCGUUAUCUGUCACUGUCGGUUUGUCUACGGCUUGGGAAAUAUGGGUUGCUCUCGAGUAAGCGUUUGCCAACUCCUCGGUUGAGCGAGUUCAGAAUCUGCGGGACAAUUUGAGGCUGACCCGCAAAGGUAAUCGCUCUGUUUCAGAUUUCGGGCGUCUGUUUAAAGGGAUUUGUGACCGACUAAGUGCAAUUGGCCACCCCGUUGAUCCAUCCGACCAAAUCCACUGGCUCUUAUGUGGACUUGGCCCCUCAUUCGAGACAUUUUCCACCUCUGUUCGGUCCAGCCGUCCCAUGCCCUCGUUCUCAGACCUGCUCGCACGGGCUGAAAGCCACGAGCUCUUUGUCCAGGCCCUUCAUGGCACCCACCAGCCCCCUGUUGCGUUCACUGCACAUCAGCCCGGUCAGGCUUCCCAUCGCCCUUCGCAAGGACGUGGAUAUCAUGUCCUUGCCAAUCAGCCUUAUCGUGGUCAGCACCCUCGUCCAUCUCGUGGAAACGGCUCAUCUAAUAACCGCAAUCGGAGAGCCUCCCACUGCCAACUCUGUCGAACCCCGGGUCACUAUGCCUCCCAAUGCUCUAAGCUUGCAUCUUUCGCGACUUCAGCCAUACCCACAGAUGAACAACUUGCUCAUGCCUUCCAUGCGCAAUGUCAUGUGACCCAUCCUUUUCCUGAUUGGACUACUGACACGGGUGCAUCUGACCACAUGACUGAUACUCAAAACAAUAUCUCCAAUCCUUCUCCCGCACCAGGAUCGACAAAGCAAGAAAACUCUAGCUCAGGGUUGCCGUGAAGACGGCUUAUAUGUUCAUGGUAAUAAUCAUGAGGCUUUAACUGCAACUUCAUCUUGUCCUAAAGACUCAUUUGAAGUUUGGCAUUCCCGUCUUGGGCAUGUCUCGUUUAAUGUUAUUUCUAUUUUAAAAAACCUUGGACUAUUGUCUUUUACUUCAGUUUUACCCAAACCGGGUUUAUGUUCU